AUGAGUCUGAAGCAGGUUUCAAAUCUACUAAAGACUCAGGGUUGUUAUCCGCAGACAAUGUCGCCAAUGCCCUCGGCAUUUCCAAAAAUGAUAUCAUCUGGACUAGCUUUUUUGAACUAG